AGAUGGCCGCGCCCGAGUUUGGCGAGUUCACUGACGAGCAGUGCGUCGCCUUCUUCACCCGAAAGCUGGAUCAGCUCGCUGAAUCGCACCCACACCUCCAGCGGGAUGAGCUGCUGGCGGCGCACCCGCUUGUGCGCUGCAUGUUGCAGGGCACCAAGCCAUCGCUUACGCUUGGCAGUCUGGCGCCAGAUGGGCCCGUGUGCACGCUGGACGGCGUCGAGACGACACUCCAUGGUGCUGUGCGCGCCGGAUCUGGCCCUCGUAAGCUCACGGUCCUCAAUUUUGGCUCGUACACCUGACCGCCCUAUGUCUCAAAGGGUCCCGCUCUGGUCACCUCGAUGCGUCCGUAUCUUGAUGCCGGCAGCCUGUCGCUCUUCCUGGUCUACAUUCGAGAGGCCCACCCGGAGGGCGGCUGGGCGAUUCCCGCGGCUGACGGCAUCUGCUACCGGCAGCCCAAGACGCUCGCCUCGCGGCUCGCCGUCGCCGCGAAGUUUGCCGAGCACCAGGCGGAGUGGUGUGCGGGCGUGCCGAUGUUGGUCGACGACCCGACGACCAACGCGCUCGACAUUGCGUACGAGGCGCCACCGGAGCGGCUUGUCGUGCUCGAUGAGCAGCUGAACGUCGUCUUCUUUUCGGGGCAGGGGCCGUUCCAGUACUCGGUGCCCAAGCUCGCGGCGUUUGUCAAAGCGCAGCUCGGCGAGUAGCUGUGGGAGAGCUUCGUGGCCGUCGUGUGUCGAUCAGGCGAGAGGGUUCGAGGCGUGCGCACACACAGUCACACCCAGAAGCCAUUUCGCGCGCUCAUCCUUCACUUGCCCGCUGCUGCUGCUGUGACGCCGCGCCCUUCAACGUUUAUCUCAAACGCUGGGCAGCAGCUGAUUACCGGACCGCAGUAGGAGAGUGGAAUAAGGCGAUAAGCGAACGGGGAAGUGUCGGACGCCGCGAGCGGCGAGACGGUCGCGCGCGGGGCCGCACCAACACACGAGCCCUGUAGGCCGGUAUCUGGAUAGUGGAGGGUGUGUGUGUGACUGCGACAAGGGACCAUCCGUUUGUAUUAUCAACAACCAUGACAACG